AUGGAAGGAUACGGUAAAUCAUUGGCGGUCCACCAGCAGGGUAAUUGGGACCAAUCACUUCAAUCAACUCAUAAUGUUAAUGUAUUAAAACAAACUGAACGUUUAUUUCAAAAAUACAAAUAUUUCGUUGAUAUUUAUUAUCAAACAAUUCAUAAAUGUUUAGAAAAUAUUAACGCCAACAAUAGCAAUAAUGAUAAAGAACAACAGCAACAGCAGAAACUUAUUGAAAUUGCAAAACGUACAAUUGAUAAAUAUAACAACGGAAAAAAUCCUCGAUAUGCAACAACAAAUGAUGAAAACUUUUAUAAGUAUUUUACUCUUUAUGGAAAUUCUCUGACUGCAAAAUAUAUUAAAGAUAAUCAAUUACAAUUUGUAUUACCAUCAUCAUCAACCGUCGGUUCUACUGAAAACCAAAAACAGGAAAAGAAAGCUAAACAGCCAAUAAAAGCCAAAAAAAUUGUAGAAGAUAAUAUUAAACGACAAGCGGAUGAAAAAAUUCAAGAAGAACAUGAACAAAUGUUAAGAAUUACAAAUAUGUUAAAAACAAUACCAAAAAAUAAUUAUUUAGAUUUAAUUAAAGUAAUAGAUAGUAGUUUACAAUCAUCAUCAUCAUGUAUUCAAACAUCAACAUAUCGUUUAGAAUUAUUAACAUUAAAAAUGAAAUAUCAGCAUUUAGAAAAGAUUAUUGAUCCAUUUAAAGAAAAAGAUAUGAAAGAAUUAUUAUUGUUUGUACAUGAUGAUAAUAAUCUGACACCGAAUUUUAUUGAAAAAUGGUAUCGUUUUCAAAUGGAAACAAUUAAUAGUUAUUUACCAAGAUAUGAAAAUAAUAAAAAAGAUGAUCGAGUACCGAAUUUCAUACCAGAUAAAUGGCAAGUUGAGUUUCUCGAUGCAGUUGAUAAGAAACAAUCAAUUAUUUUGGCAUCAACAGAUAUAAAAUUACAAAGCAAAUAA